GUCUCUAUUUUUCAGUCAAACAGAUCUCUGUUGCUCUGACUGAGCUAAUCGUGCAAUCCCACAGAAAUAGGAAUGGAUCGCUCGUGUGUAAACUGCUUGAAAAACUUGAUGGUGUUCCUCAACUUCCUGUGCUGGCUAUGCGGUGCAUUUGUUAUUGCUUUCGGGAUAUUUCAAAACAUACAUUCCAAGUUCGCAUCUCUGGUCACAACUUUCUGGCCCAUCUUCCCCGCCAACACGCUGGUGGUCACUGGUACUAUUGUUACCUGCGUGUGUUAUCUGGGUGUGCUUGGUGCCAUGAAGGAGAAUCGCUGGCUGCUCAUCAGUUUUUUCCUCCUGCUCUUCAUCCUGAUGCUGAUAGAGCUGGCCAUGGCUUGUGUGUUCCUGGUUUACAGCAGAGUGAUAGACUCAUAUUUUGAGAAAGACCUGAGACAAAGUUUGGAGAUCUACAGGCAGUCAGGUCCCGGAGAGAACCAGACCAUUAAAGAUGAUUUUGAUGCUGUCCAGCACCUGUUUCGGUGUUGUGGCGUACACGGUGAGGCAGACUGGAUGGGUCAUGUUCCCAUCUCCUGUUGUGUCCAGCAUCCCUGCCACUCCCUUAUCCACACCAACUGGCCAGAGGGUUGUCUCAUUAAACUGAGAGACUGGUUUGCAGGAAACUAUCGGAGCACCGGAGCAGGCGUUGUCACCCUCUUUAUCAUACAGUUCCUUUGUCUGUGUUUUACCAUCCCACUGUUUUGUCACUUUGGUCGAAAUGGGCUGGGCUACUUGUGAAAAGGACGCAUUGCCAAAGUCACAAUGAUUUCUCAACGACUUAUCAGUAUUUAACGUGUUGGUCUUUGCUAAAUGCCUCAAGAAGUAGUCGCAGUUGCUCAAGCUUUGUCCACAUUAGUUCUUGCAAAUGUUUCCUUCUGAUACUUUUUAUUUUUAUUAUACAUUUCAAAAUAACUUUUUCUUUAUUAGAUUGUAUAUUUCCACGAAAUUGUUCAUCUGUUAUUGAAUGUUGUAAGAAUUGAUUGGUUUACCCCCAAUAAAGAAGCUUCUAUGCUAAUCAAGGUUCCAUAAUUCACCACCGGACUAGGCCAUUUAUGUGUACUGUUACAAUAACAACUUAUCUCAGCUCUGAUAUUCACAAACUUUAGCUGAAAUAAACAAUUCUGCCGAUUUCAAA